UUGAUCUUUCAGCAAUCUUGCCCCAAGAACGCCACACAUACCAUAACGCCGUGCCUGUCGCACGAAUUUCAAUGCAGUGACCGUAUUACCUGCCUACAUCACAGCUGGCUGUGUGAUGGCGAAAAGGAUUGUCCCAAUGGCGACGAUGAACUGCAAGAAAAUUGCCGAAACACCACAUGUCGACCGGAUCAGUUCCAGUGCGGCGAUCGCACCUGCAUAGCCGGCCACUUGACGUGCAACGGCGAAGCUGAUUGCCCGGAUCGAAGCGAUGAAUUGAAGUGUGGCAUCUCUAAAAUCACCAAAUGCAAUGCGACCACACAAUUCGAUUGCGGCGGCGGUCAGUGUAUAGCUUUAUCAAAGGUUUGUGAUCGCAAAAAAGAUUGUCCGGAUGGCGAGGAUGAGCCGGCGGGCAAGUGUUCGGUGAACGAAUGUGCUGUGAAUAAUGGCGGUUGUAUGCACAAAUGCAUCGAUCAACCGAUUGGGUACCGCUGCGAGUGUAACUCUGGCUACAAACUGACCGAUAACAAAACCUGCGUAGACAUUAACGAAUGCGAUGAUCCGGGUGCUUGCUCACAAAUCUGCAUCAAUGAAGUUGGUGGCUUCAAGUGUGAAUGCGAAGCGGGCUACAUGCGGGAUCCACGCAAUCACACACGCUGCAAGGCGACCGAGGGGCAUGCAUCCUUGUUGUUGGCGCGACGUCAUGACAUUAGGAAAAUCGCCUUAGACCACAUGGAAAUGACAUCGAUUGUGAACAAUACAAAAUCGGCGACGGCAUUGGACUUUGUCUUCCGCACUGGCAUGAUAUUCUGGAGUGAUGUGUCCACGCAGAGCAUUUAUAAAGCACCCAUUGAUGAGGGCAACGACAAAACCAUCGUACUCAAGGAACAUUCAGUGACAUCAGAUGGCUUGGCGGUCGAUUGGAUUUACAAUCACAUCUACUUUACCGACACACACAAAUGCACCAUUGAGUUGACCAACUUUGAAGGUAACAUGGGUAAAGUGCUCAUCGAAGAUGGGCUGGACAUACCGCGGUCGAUUGCCUUGGAUCCGAUUGAAGGUUGGAUGUACUGGUCCGAUUGGGGCGCUUCACCGCGCAUCGAACGCGCCGGCAUGGAUGGCUCCCACCGCACCACCAUCAUCAACUAUGAUGUAAAAUGGCCAAAUGGCAUUACAUUGGAUUUGGUUCGUAAGCGCAUCUAUUGGGUUGAUGGCAAAUUGAAUGUCAUCUCGUCAGCGAAUUAUGAUGGUUCGCAGCGUCGUCAGAUUUUAUACUCCACGGAAUAUCUGCGUCACCCCUUCUCGAUAACCACAUUUGAGGAUAGCAUCUAUUGGACCGACUGGGAUAAGCAGACCGUGUUCAAGGCGAAUAAGUUCAAUGGCAAAGGCGUGGAGGCGAUAACGGCGCUGCAUCAGCUGCAACAUCCGAUGGUCAUACACGUUUAUCAUCCCUACCGCCAACCGGAUGGCAUCAAUCACUGUCAAGCGGUGAAUGGUCAUUGCUCGCAUUUAUGCCUGCCAGCGCCGCGCAUUAACGAACGCAGUCCGCGCAUCUCCUGCGCCUGUCCCACCGGACUCAAGCUGAUGGAGGAUCGACUGAUGUGUGUCGAAGAUUUGAGUUCAAAGAAAGCGUCGCAAGAGCGUCGCAAAAUCUUGCCAAAGAUGUCUAAAUUUACCACCACCCGCGCUCCUACAACCAACAGCAACAACAGCAGUAGCACUGCUCAACCAACAGCGACAGCGUCACACCAACCGACAGACGUAGAGGUGGACAAACAUCCAGCCGGCAAUGCAACAAAUGCCGAUGGCACCAUCAUCUCACCACCAACUGAUUCCAGUUACUUAGCAUUAGCGAUAAUCGGUUCACUAGUCGGCUUCGGACUAGUGACAGGUGUGAUACUUUGGGUCGUUUAUCGUCACUGCAGCAGACGUCCCACCUCAAUGAACUUUGAAAAUCCGGUGUAUCGUAAAACCACCGAGGAUCACUUUAGUUUGGAGAAGAAUAAUCUGCCGGCGCGCAUGUAUCCAAGCACGGUGGACGAAGAGUCCAAACAGACAUUGAACGACGCUCCGAGCACUGCGUGUGUGUGAAACGCCUUUGCUGUUACAAGAUUAUUAUCAUUAUCAACGCAUAAUCAUUAUUAUUAUUUUUCUUUUUCUAUGUUUUUGUUUUAAUUUUCUCAUCAUCCAAACAUCAUGCGUACCACAUACAGACACUUCACACAUCAUCAGCGCCUAAACAAGUUACAUAAAGAAAUAUGUAAAAAAUUUACUCACUCAGAAGCUAAAUGCUCAAUCAUUCUAAGCAAAGAUACGCCCAAUUCAUCGACGCUACCAAAAAAUUCAUCUCAUCUUGUAAAUAUGUAAUGGCACAGUUCGCAAAACGAAAGAUAAAGGGAAGGAAAAGACAUGUUUAGGUAAAGGAAAAAGGUCAAGACACAAAUGGAGUGUAGACCGUUUUUGCGCAGAAUGAAAAAAAAAAAUGUGGAGCAAAAAGAAACGAAAAAAGACUAUGAAAAAGGCAAAUGAAGAAACUGAUCUAGCUGGAAAUGUAUAAAUAUAUACGAAAUAUGUAUGUACAUAAAUUAUACAUAAAGGCUUGAAAUCCAAAACAUACAGUUAUGAUAACAGGAAACUAAUGAAAACAAUUGAAAAUAAUGAAAUAUUAAAAGAGUAAAAAUUAGUAAAAUAACAAGCAAAUUUUUAACGUAAAUACUGAACAUAAAAAGUUACAGUCAUGCAAUGUAGAAUUUUUCAGCGAAUUUGUUUAAAAUUUCAACGCUAAUUUUACUGUAAAAAAUUUUAAAGACAAAUUUGAUAUGUAGUAUUAAAAUAAUUAAAUGGUUAAAAUAUGAAAUUUAAAAAUAAUUUUUCUGGUCGAGAAAAAAUGCAAAUAUCUACAGUUUACAUAAAUGGCAAGAAAAAUAUGCAAGUCUGCAUAUUUUAAGGAGAUCAUGUCAUUGGAAUUGAUUUGAUUUGAUUUGAUGUGAAUACAGUCAACUGAAUUCUUAAUUUAA